AUGGUUAUGAGUUGCGAUGUCCCCAAGAAGCAAGAAGCAGCAAUCCUCGUCCAUGGGUUUCAGUACGUCACAGCAUCUUGGGUGUGGUUACUCGAGUGUUCCAUUCAAACAGAACAAUAUCAGGAAUUUAAUGACUGGGUGGAAACGCUAUCUAUUACACUGGAACCUUCUUACAUAACUACAUUUCCCUCUUCAAAGUUGUUCCUUGAUGAUCCAAUCAUUACAGUUAAAAAUACUAUUCUCAACAUGACGGUGAUCAGCCCUAUUCAGUGUACGUCUUUUGACCAAAAUUUAUCGGAGCAGUUCAAUUUAGGUCCAUUGCUGUUCACCAUCUAUGCAAGUAAGCCUUUUGAGGUUAUUAAGGACUAUCUACCACAAUCGCACACAUACACAGACGAUACUCAGCUGUAUCUAUCAUUCAAUGCUGACUCGGCUUGUUCGCAAAAUGAUGCAGUUGAGGCAAUGAAGCAAUGCAUACAGGCUAUAUGA